CCAUCUUUCUCCAAUCUUCAACAACCUUCUUUCUCGACACCACGACGUUUUCUUCCACAUCUGCAUUCAAUACGUGACUGCCUGGCUCUGUACGAUGAACCCAAUAUAGUCCUUCUUCACUCAUCAUCUAUUGCCUGCACUGCCUCGAGCCUCCUGCGGAAUCGAGCUGCUUAACUCCAUCCGAGUCGGAAUUAUCGGUCUUUGGCGUCGCCUCAACCAUUUCCAAUCUUCUCCUCCACCUGUCAUCAACCGCCUUCGGCCAACCUAUAUCUCAGCCCCUUUCCUUCAUUCGCUUCAUUCUCGAUAUACAAAACCCUGAGUGACAGAGAAACCCCCCUCUGUCACUCCGUCUCUCCGUGCGACAAGGUGUAUACCGCGCGACUUCCUUGCCUCUCCCUCCAGGCCCCUACAUUGCCAUCCUGGGCUCCCCGCAAUACCCCUCGCAUUGGCACCUCCCCAUUACUUUUCGCACCCAGACGACUUACAUCCGCAAUGGCAUCUGAACAAAUCAACUCGCCCAAGGGUGAGUUUAAAGAUUCCGGUUCUCAACGAAGAGACGGCACUCCCCACGCUGCUCUCGGAGCAAGCGCAACCCCCACACCCUCCGGCUGGUUUCCUUUGGGAUACCGAGAGGGCUUCAGCCAAUGGUGGGCGUCAUUACCGGCUGCCACGACCGAACACAAAGUCCUCUCCUACCUACCCUAUCUCCAGCACGAACCCCCGACGCACCUUCAAACCGGAAAGACUAGCACAUCUCCCAACGGUGGAUCAGGAAGUCUACAAUCUGCAGACCAUAGCGAAGAGGGCGACGUCACAAUCAAUUCCACCAACGAUCCUUAUGGCCCCCGACGAUGGCGCUCAAGCAUGGUGGAACUCAGCGGCAAAAACCGAGCUUUGAAUGAGUUCUCUGUCGAGCGCGUAGGCGAGGAGGCAGAUCAACAUCUGGUCAUGGUCCAUGGGUAUGGAGCUGGCUUGGGCUUCUUCUACAAGAACUUUGAACCUCUCAGCCGACUCAAAGGCUGGCAGCUCCACGCGCUAGACCUCCUAGGCAUGGGCCGCAGUACACGUCCACCAUUCCGCAUCAAAGCGAAGGAGCGGGAAGAGGCGAUCAAAGAAGCCGAGGCCUGGUUCGUGGACGCCCUGGAGGAAUGGCGUGUGAAGCGCAAGAUUGACCGCUUCACCCUGAUGGGCCACAGUCUGGGAGGCUACAUGGCAGUGGCAUACGCCCUCAAGUAUCCCGGUCGUCUCAAUAAGCUGAUCCUCGCCUCGCCCGUGGGCAUUCCCGAAGAUCCUUAUGCAGUUAAGGCAGAGAUGCCCGAAUCCUCCUCUUCAGGGAACGAGCUGUCGCAGAACCAACGUGCUAUCGCUGAAUCAGCCUCCUCAGUCGCGCCCGGUGAGGUGCAGAAGGGAGACAACAACAUUCUCCUCAAGGGUGCUCCUAGCAAUUCCCCGGACCGUCCUCGCCGGAUGGUCCCUAAAUGGUUUGCCUACCUCUGGGAUGCCAACAUCUCCCCCUUCAGCCUGGUACGAUGGGCUGGACCCCUCGGCCCACGAUUGGUUUCUGGAUGGACAUCUCGCCGCUUCUCGCAUCUACCAGCUGAUGAAGCCAAAGCCCUGCACGAUUACUCUUAUUCGAUUUUCAGUCUCCGUGGUAGUGGCGAGUACGCCCUAUCUUACAUCCUUGCGCCCGGUGCAUUCGCCCGCAGUCCGUUAAUCCGUCGCAUCCAGGGCGUUGGCCGGCAAUAUAUCGAGCAGAAUCCCUCCCCCGCAUCUGCCCUACUCACCCCCACCAAGGCUACGCCUGACACUUCUUCCGCCCCUUCGUCCUCAUCUCCAAACCCCACGGCCAAGCGUGAGAACGGUCUUCCCGUCGUGUUCAUGUACGGUGAUCACGAUUGGAUGGACGUGAAGGGCGGCUUCGCAGCCAAGGCCAAAUUAGAUGAAGAAAAGGAGCGUAUCCUCCGCAACGCGACUCCGGAGGAGCGCGAGGCGGACAACGGCUCUGCCAAGGUGGUGAUCAUCAAGCGGUCCGGACAUCACGUCUAUCUCGAUGGAUGGGAGGAAUUCAAUCGGGUGGUCUUGGCCGAGAUGGAAGAGGUUGAACGCAAAGAGCGAGCAAUCAGAGAGAAUAACUGAAGCGCGUGUUUCCGUUUUGCUCGAUCUUUGGUGUUCGCCCUGGAGUAGGGAAGUUAUAGGAGUUGUGCCUCGCUUUGCAGUGGGGACGGGUCUCGUUUGUUCAGUUGAAAGCGCUGUUGAUCCGUGUUGCGGUCCAUAUAUUAUACACUAUACUACACCCAUGUCUGUGAUCUAAAGGUAGGAUAAUGAGAAGAAAGAACAUAUAUUCACAAUU